AAACCGUUUCUUCUUCUUUCUUGCUACUCUUCUUCUCUCCCUCUCUUUCUUAUUUUAUUACACAACAUCCGGAAUUAUAAAAUCCCACCCAAUCAAACACCACACUUACCCAAAAUAGAGUUUUUUCUUUUUCUUUUAAAAAAUAUACACAUAUUUAUAUAUCCCAGAAAAACCAAUCCACAGCAUUAGAAUAAAAAUAAAGUAAAAGAAGCCUUUCAGCAAAAAAACAUGAAAGGUGAAUAUGUCGACCAGCAGCAUCACCAUCACCAUCACCCUAAACAUGAAUCCACCAACAUGUUCUCCAAACUCCACCACCACCACCACCCUCUCCCCUUCUCUACCCACUUCCAACUCUCCCGCGAUUCCGAAGAUGAUGACACUAGAAGCACCGGUGCUGCCACCACCGCCAUAACCACCGCCACCGCCACCGCCACUACAACAACCCCAACCAGACCUACUGAGCCACCCAACAGCAGUGGCGGUACUGACGGUGCUACAAUAGAAGUUGUUAGGCGGCCUAGAGGCAGGCCGCCAGGAUCCAAGAACAAACCAAAACCGCCGGUCAUAAUUACUCGAGACCCGGAACCAGCUAUGAGUCCUUACAUUCUUGAAGUAUGCGGUGGAAGUGAUGUAGUUGAAGCAAUAUCCCGCUUUUGUCGCCGAAAAAACAUUGGAAUAUGUGUUCUUACAGGAUCUGGAACCGUCGCUAAUGUUACUCUACGUCAACCCUCAACUACUCCUGGUUCUACCAUUACCUUCCAUGGAAGAUUCGACAUUUUAUCCAUUUCAGCCACUUUCAUGCCUCAGACGGUGUCGUAUCCAGUUCCUAACACUUUCACUAUUUCUUUAGCCGGUCCUCAAGGUCAGAUCGUUGGCGGGUUAGUUGCUGGGAGUUUGAUAGCGGCUGGUACGGUCUAUAUCAUGGCGGCCACGUUUAAUAACCCGAGUUAUCACCGGCUACCCGUUGAUGAUGAAGGGAGGAAUUCUGGGUCUGGCGGUGGCGGUGGAGAGGGACAGUCACCGGCUGUGUCAGGUGCAGGUGGUGGGGGAGAUAGUGGCGGUGGUGGUGGAGAUUCGGGUGGUGGGAUGGUUAUGUACAGCGGUCAUUUGCCUUCAGAUGUUAUAUGGGCACCUACUGCUAGGCCUCCACCGCCUUAUUGAGAUUGAUCUGAGUGACUUUACUGUGAAUUAUUUCUAGACAUCUUUUUCUUUCUUUUUUUGUUAUUAAUUAUAACUUUAGGUGUUUUUCUUGAGACUUGAUCGUGUUCAAUUCUGAGAUGUCAAUGUAGUAAUGAUUUUAGCUUCGUUACACAGUGCAGUUGUUUUUCCUUUUCUUUUCGUAAAAGAAAUUUAUUAUUGUUCUCUUUUA